AUGCGCCUGUCGCAGCAUCCUGGACGUUUCUGCCAUGGCGCCGCCCAUCUUCGACGAGAGCAAAUUUCCGCGCUGAACCGGAGCCAGAUACGUGUACUCACAACUAGCAAUAUAUUAUGGAGCGUGCAGAAAACCCCCGAGCCUUCCCGAUCGACGCAAUUGCGCACCGAGGCCACCACUCUCUCAGCAAAGAAGAGCGACGCAUCCGCAAAUCCAAAAACCCCUGUUCGGAUUGAGUCUAAUAAGAAAAAAGGCGAUCUUCUUGGAGAAUCUAUUGUUACAUCUAAAGAACAAAGAAAGGCAGACUGGGCUAUUAUGAAGGAAAUGGCGAAGUAUUUAUGGCCGAAGGAUGACUGGGGAACGAAGUUGCGCGUUGGUACAGCGCUCACCCUUCUUGUUGGAGCAAAGGUACUCAACGUCGAAGUGCCGUUCUACUUCAAAAACAUUGUGGAUUCGAUGAACAUUGAUUUUGCGGCUGUAGGAGGUACCGCAUGGACGGUAGCAGGCUCAAUGUUGAUUGCAUAUGGUGCUACUAGGAUAGGUGCUACGUUAUUCCAGGAGCUUAGAAAUGCCGUAUUUGCAAGCGUUGCACAAAAAGCUAUUAGGAAGGUUGCGGGAAAUGUUUUCGAUCAUCUCUUGCGCCUAGAUUUGAGUUUUCACCUGAGUCGUCAAACAGGUGGACUGACGAGAGCCAUUGAUCGAGGUACUAAAGGAAUCAGCUUUCUCUUGACAUCGAUGGUCUUUCACGUCUUCCCGACUGCUUUGGAGAUUUCUAUGGUGUGCGGAAUUCUGACAUACCAAUAUGGCUUUCAGUUUGCAGCCAUUACUGCAGCAACGAUGGUUGCAUAUACUGCAUUUACUAUCACAACCACUGCGUGGCGGACCAAAUUUCGCAAGCAAGCUAAUGCUGCAGAUAACAAAGGAGCGACGGUGGCCGUCGAUUCUUUGAUAAACUACGAAGCUGUUAAAUAUUUCAAUAAUGAAGGCUACGAAGUAGCACGAUACGAUAAAGCACUCAAGGCGUACGAAGAUGCCUCUAUCAAGGUGACAACAUCACUUGCGUUUCUCAACUCUGGUCAGAAUAUCAUUUUUUCCAGCGCUUUAGCAUCUAUGAUGUAUCUGGCGGCGAACGGGGUUGCAACGGGGCAAUUGACAGUGGGAGACCUGGUAAUGGUCAACCAGCUUGUCUUCCAGCUAUCAGUUCCUCUUAAUUUCCUAGGCUCCGUCUAUCGUGAAUUAAGGCAGUCUCUACUUGACAUGGAGACGCUGUUCAACCUACAAAAAGUUAACGUCAACGUCAAGGAGAAACCGGAUGCCAAGAUCUUGAACCUGUCCCACGGUGGAGAAAUUCGCUUUGAGAACGUGACAUUUGGCUAUCAUCCUGACCGUCCAAUCCUCAAAAAUGCUAGCUUUACAAUCCCUGCUGGAGCGAAGUUUGCUGUUGUCGGACCAAGUGGCUGCGGAAAGUCUACCAUUCUUAGACUCCUGUUCCGAUUUUACGAUGUUCAAGAGGGACGCAUUUUGAUUGAUGGACAGGACGUACGGGAUGUAACACUAGAGAGUUUACGCAAGUCCAUUGGCGUGGUGCCACAAGAUACACCUCUUUUCAAUGACACCAUUGAGCAUAAUAUUCGUUACGGAAAAAUAGACGCGUCUAAUGAAGAGGUACAGAGAGCUGCUGAAAGGGCUCAUGUUCAUGAGCUUAUUCAGAGACUUCCCGAGGGAUAUAAGACUGCGGUUGGCGAACGGGGAAUGAUGAUCUCAGGAGGGGAGAAGCAGCGGUUGGCAGUCUCACGGCUAAUCCUCAAAGAUCCGCCACUACUGUUCUUCGACGAGGCGACUUCGGCCUUGGAUACAUAUACUGAGCAGGCACUUCUGCAGAACAUUAAAAGCAUUAUCAAGGAAAAAGCGCGAACAAGCGUCUUUAUUGCGCAUCGGCUUCGUACCAUCUACGAUAGCGAUCAAAUCCUCGUGCUUAAAGAUGGACAUGUGGUUGAAAAAGGCACUCAUGCCGAGUUACUAGAGCAGAAAGGCGUAUAUGCUGAUUUGUGGCACGCCCAGGAACUAUCCCUCGCACAGGAUGCCGACCUGGAGAGGAAUCUCGAAGUCGGCGAGUUAGAGGUGCCAACAGCGCCAACGCCCACCGACGCCAACAAGCCAUUAAAUUAG